UGUUGCAUCUAAGGUGUUGCUUGGGGUGAAAUCAGCAGGAAGGGCCUUUGCAGGGUUAUACAAAGAUGUUUAUUUCAGCCACCGCUCAGCAUUGUCCAGCGUUCGGGGAACAAAGGCCCAGAGGCUCAGAGGGUCCAGGCUAAAAAGUACAUGGGAUAGGCAAGGCAGGGAAAAUCACCAGGGACCAAUUAUUAGGUAACACGGGGGUACUACAAGGGAAGGUUUAAAACAGAGGACCAACAGGGAAUUAGGGUGGGAGUGACCGAAAGGCUGGGAGAGGGCACAGGGUUGACUAGGAAACAGAACAGGGGCUGCAUUUUUUAGCUGGGAAUUCCUUUGGUCUCUAUAACUCCCCUUUUCUUUAUUAAUUGAGAAGGCUUUUUAAAGGAUAUUAAAAUUAGAUGGUUGAGGUAAGUAAAAAGCACAAAAUAAAACAAUUUUUAAAAUGCAAGCUUUUUUUUUUUGAGUUUUCAGUGUAAAAAGGAAUUUUUGAAGCAUCUUGAAACUGGUAGGAAGAGACGUGAAGUUUUUUUAGCAUGGCUUGUUAGGAAACUGAGGCAGGAAAGGGAUUUUUCAGCGCGGAUUGGCACUUUGGUGGCUGUUAGCGGAAUGGGAGUGCUGUACCUGUUGAAACUCUAAAAAGAAAUCAUUAAUUUUGCAAAAAAAGUAAAAAUUGUUACUUUGAGAAAAUUUUCUUUCUUUUUUCCUCCCCUGCCUCCACCCCAGUCAUCCCCCCCUUUGUAUUAAAAAGGAAUUUUGGGAAAACAAAUUGGUGGUUGGGUGGCAAAGGUAGGGAGAAGCAUGGCAGUGGGAGAACUUUGGAGGGGAUAGAGGGUUAGGGAUUUGGGGGAACAUAAAAAAAGGGUAAUUGGAUUUGGGGAAAUUUUGAAAGGACUUAUUUGGUGGAUGGAUAAAAGGAAAAGAGGGAGGGAAAUAGGAAGGCAAAAGGGAUUGGGGGUAGGCACUUAUUUGCUUGGCAGGUUUUGCAAAUGAAGAAUUUAGGUUUCUGCUGUGAUUUGAGGGCUGUUGGCUUUGGUUGUUGUGUAAAGGACAAGGUUUUUUAGUAGCUGAAAAAUAAUUGCAGUUUGGUGCGUAGAUGCUUCCUUUCACUGGAGAUCCAUUAGGUCCAGAAACAUUUGUUGCUUGAAGACCCUUUUUCCCUUGUACUAUGUCAAAUUCCACUAAUUCUUUAUUUCUUAAACUGCGGAGACAUUUUUUAGGGUUAUUUUUCUUGAUUGCAGUUUGAUGGACAAACACGUCUUCAUUGGUGCCAUUUUGGGUGAUAAAUCCAUAUUUAUUUUUCACAUUAAACUAUUUAACUGUACCUAAAACUUUUAGCAAUGAUGUUUUUAUUUUUGGUGGUGGAUUUGUGUUUGUGGCUGUUUUGCUGGACGUGCUGGUGCUAGCAGGGUUGUUUGUGUUUCGGGCAGGCAGCUGCAAAGCUGAAAAAGUGCGGGCAGCACUGUGCUGGGGAUGCGCUGUGCGCCAGCGGCGCUGGGUGCGCGGGGCUCCACGGUGGGGGGGCGGCUCGCGGCCCCGGGCGCGCCGGACUGUGCGGCGGGCAGGCGGCUUGUGGCGGCGCUGCGCUGGGGCUGUGCGGCGGGCAGGCAGCUGGUGGAGCGGGGUGCGUGGGCUUCAGCGGCACAGGGGCAGCCCGCGGCGGGCCGCUUCUUCUGCUUUCGGCGGCGCAGGCGAGAGGGCAACACCGCGGGUGCGCUUGCCAUGCGGCGCGCUGCUGCUGGUGGGGGCGUGGCUUUUGGUGCCGAACUUCUGAGGCUGGGCUGCUGCUCUCAGCUUUGGGGCGGCCCGUGCGGCAGCGGCCUCGGCGCGGGCGGCGGCGGCGGGGGGGCCGCGGGCUCUCUGUCGCGGCAGCAGUUUCGCACGGCUGCUCAAGGAGCGGGCUGCCCUCGGGGGCAGGGUCUCCAACAGGAGGCUGUAAGGGUGGCUGAAGAUGUCUGAUAGUCUAGAUAUUGAAGAGAAACCUCCAGCUCCACCGUUGAGAAUGAACAGCAACAAUCGUGAUUCUUCAGCACUCAACCACAGCUCAAAGCCACUUCCCAUGGCCCCUGAGGAGAAGAACAAGAAAGCCAGGCUGCGCUCCAUCUUUCCAGGAGGAGGGGAUAAAACCAACAAGAAGAAAGAGAAGGAACGUCCUGAGAUCUCUCUUCCUUCAGACUUUGAACACACCAUUCAUGUGGGAUUUGAUGCCGUCACUGGAGAAUUCACAGGCAUUCCAGAGCAGUGGGCCAGGCUACUACAAACCUCCAAUAUAACAAAACUGGAGCAAAAGAAGAACCCACAGGCUGUUCUUGAUGUUCUCAAGUUUUAUGAUUCAAAAGAAACAGUUAACAACCAGAAAUACAUGAGCUUUACAUCAGGAGAUAAAAGCGCCCAUGGAUACAUAGAAGCCCAUCCAUCGAGCACAAAAACAGCAUCAGAACCUCCUCUGGCUCCCUCUGUGUCUGAGGAAGAGGAUGAAGAUGAUGAAGAGGAGGAAGAUGACAAUGAACCUCCGCCUGUUAUUGCCCCACGGCCUGAACACACAAAAUCAAUCUACACACGCUCUGUUAUUGAACCUGCCGCUGCACCAGCACCAGCUAAAGAAGCCACCACUCCCCAACCUGAAAACUCAAACACAAACACUCUGUACAGAAAUACAGACCGGCAACGAAAAAAAUCCAAGAUGACAGAUGAAGAGAUCCUAGAAAAACUGAGGAGCAUUGUGAGCGUGGGAGAUCCUAAGAAGAAAUACACUCGAUUUGAAAAAAUUGGCCAAGGGGCUUCAGGAACUGUUUACACAGCAAUUGACAUUGCCACAGGACAAGAGGUGGCCAUAAAGCAAAUGAAUCUCCAACAGCAGCCCAAAAAGGAACUAAUUAUCAAUGAAAUCCUGGUCAUGAGGGAAAAUAAGAAUCCAAAUAUUGUUAACUAUUUAGACAGCUACCUUGUUGGUGAUGAACUGUGGGUGGUGAUGGAAUACUUGGCUGGAGGCUCUUUAACCGAUGUUGUCACUGAGACAUGUAUGGAUGAAGGACAGAUAGCUGCUGUGUGUCGGGAGUGCCUACAAGCCCUGGAUUUCCUUCAUUCCAACCAAGUGAUCCACAGAGACAUCAAAAGUGACAAUAUUCUUCUUGGGAUGGAUGGAUCUGUCAAAUUGACUGAUUUUGGCUUCUGUGCUCAGAUCACCCCUGAGCAGAGUAAACGGAGCACAAUGGUGGGGACUCCUUACUGGAUGGCACCAGAAGUUGUAACAAGAAAAGCAUAUGGCCCCAAAGUGGACAUCUGGUCACUUGGGAUCAUGGCAAUAGAAAUGGUGGAAGGAGAACCUCCAUACCUUAAUGAAAAUCCUCUCAGGGCAUUGUAUCUGAUAGCUACCAAUGGGACACCGGAGCUGCAGAACCCAGAGCGACUCUCGGCUGUGUUCCGAGACUUUCUUAACUGCUGCCUGGAGAUGGAUGUGGACAGGCGAGGAUCUGCCAAGGAACUUCUGCAGCAUCCAUUUUUAAAAUUAGCCAAGCCGCUCUCAAGCCUGACUCCUCUGAUCAUUGCAGCAAAGGAAGCAAUUAAGAACAGCAGCCGCUAGCACUGCAGGUCAGCUUUCUGCCCUGCCAGCUUGGAGCAGGACUGAGAACACAAACUCUGUAAAACCUCAACUCUCAUGCUGCGGGACAGAUGGAUGGAUGAACAAACCAACAGUCACAGUCAUGGUGAUAAGACCACCCCAGUUCCUCAAGGAGUAAAAAAUUAUUAUUUGUCUUCUUCCUGCUUUCUGGCUCCUUAAUUUAUUUUUAAGAUGAAUUGGGGCUAAGGACAGAGAGGUAAUGACAGAAAAUGCUUUGCUGCCUCAAUCAUUUCCAAGGUAAAGCAAAUUCAGUUGGAAGAUUCCCUUCCUUCUCACCCUAUGAGUAAGCUGUACAUUCACUUUUAAAUUGUCUGUUCUUUCUUAACGGUGUAAGUCAUGUUUGUGGGGUUUUUCAUAUGGUUUGGAAUUGGAGAAGGGCAAUUCUUCAUUCAUUAUCUCCAGACUGCCUUUUGAAUGUGGCCCACUUGCCAGUUUUUGCCCAGUUGUGGUACUUCCUACAUGGGGAAGAAAGUGAAAUUGCAUUUCCAACCGGAGAGGAAUGAAGAGUGGGACAGACAAAACAUCCUGUGGAGAUACAGCUGUUCAGCUGGGACUGUGUAGUGGUUCGGUUCUUGCCAAUUGGAUUCGUACCCCUAACUGCAGUCUCUUUCCCUAGAUGAGAGUCUUAUGCAGCUGAAACAGCAGAAAGAUCAGUCGGUGUGCUCAGAAAAGGUUUGUCUGAUGCAAAGUUGUCAGAGCAAUGUGAGGGUAGAGUGGGCCCAGCCAUGCCCAGGGCUGAACCCCAGUAGAGACCUGGCAGAGUCCAGAGCAGCCUGAGCAUCUGCAGAGCUAGGCUGGAAAGAAGUGUUAGUAGCGACACGUGGCAGCAGCCUGGCUGUGGGUGCCUCUUCCUGGGAGAGGACUAAUCCUCCUGUCUCAGAGCCAAACUGUGGGGGCUGUUCUCCAGAGAAAUCAUGGCCAUGCUGAGAAAUGUGCAGCCUGGUGGGAUUGGCAUCCUGAGUCUCAGCAGGAGUAGAGAAGAGCAAGCAGAGCAGAGCAGGGGUGUCGCUUGUGAGGGUGCCUGUUCUCACAUCUGUCUUGUAGCUCCUGGGAAAGGUUUGUAGUGCCUGCAGAAUUCUUGGCAGAGAGGGACAGGACCAGGCUGCUCUGCUGGCUCCUGCACAGGUGUGCGUCCUUUAGGCACGGGUGUUUUGCCCUGGGAACCAAAGCUGAUGUGGAGAGCAACCUGCACAUUUCAGAUCUGCAGGAGCCAGUGCAGCAGCCAGCUCUGGAAGAAAGCGCCUUAAAACCUGGAGUUGUGCACUGAGCAAGAACAAAGGUGUGAAAUGCAAAGCACAUUACAGAAUUACUUGGAGGCAUCAGGCCAGUCUGGUUUUUGCUAUCCUACUUAUGGCAAGCACUGCACAAUGAAGCUUGAGUUGCUGCAAGAGAGGAAAUUGGGGAUGUGCCUGAGGAUUGUGCUUGACUAGUCAGCGGAUUUGAAGGGAGCAAAAUACUUUCAAUAUGCAAUUUGUGUUUUACUUACUCAUCACUCAGUAAAAGCAUUUGCAUGGUGUAUUUGUUGCUGUAUUUUAGGAGUACAACUCAUGCAAGACCUUCAAAACAGCAACUGAAGCAACUUGAGCAAAAAACCUGAGUGAGCAAAAACAGCUUUCUGCUAUAGAUCUUCAUGUUGGCCUGGUCCUGCAAAGGGUUAAGUAGCCUUUUAGGCAAUCACCGCCUUCAUGUCUGGCCAGCAGGAAUGAAGGAUGCUUGGGCUGUUUUUGAAUCAGCCCAGGAGCAUGUCUAGCUUUGGCAUUCUGUUUAAUUGCAGUCUUUGUGUGGCAAAUGUCCUUACUGCUGCUACCCUUGCCUGCACUGGCCAUUGCAGUCUCCUUGGCAGAGGUAACAGGCAGAGACAGCUCUCCUUGAGUUACCACAGCUAAACAGAAAUUAACUUUUCUUCAUUUACUGGGAAGCACAACAGGUCCAAUUUUUCAGAUGGCCAAAUAGCAUGCUGAGGCGAGCAGCUCUGGUUUCCUGAACUGGGGGAACAUCAGGAGGAGCUGAGGGAGCCACCAGGAGCCCAAAGCUGGAGUGACAGUGGUUGACAGGACCCGGAGCAAUGGCUUCCAAGUUUUCCCCCAUAAAAGAUGCCCCUGGGAGUGGUCAGGACAGGAAAACAGGCCAUAGCACAGCAGAUGGUGCAGAAGAGUGUGCAGAAAGGUGCUUGAAGCCCUGCCAGGGAGCAAUGGUGUCCACCCAACAGAAAGCCUUCUCUAAGCUCUGCACCUAUCACAACCCAUGCAGCAGCCCAGACAGAGCUCUGGUGGGAUUGUGCUGCCAGCCAGGUGUCAGCAGCAGGCUGCGCCCUGCUCUUAGGCCAGUCCUGGUGGUAGCAGCAUGAGUAGACCUGCAGGAAGUGUGCCCAGGGUGAGGAACUCCUCCAUUUUGGGCCAGAGCUGCAGCAGAAGUAUCCAAGCUCACUGAGCCCCUUUCCAUCAUUUACCAGCAAUUCUGGCUAACGGAGAGGUCCCAGGUUAUUGGGCUAUGGCAAAUGUGGCAUUGAUGUACACAAAGACGUGGAAGGAGGAUCUCGGGAACUACAGGUCUGUCACCCUGACCUCAGUGCUGGGAAGUCAUGGAGCAGAUAAUCUGGAGUGCUGUCACAUGGCACAUACAGAACAACCACGGGAUCAGGCCUAGCUAGAGUGAGUUUGUGAUAGGCACAUGCUGCAUGACCAGGCUGAUCUACUUUUACAACAAUAUGACCUGCCUAGGGCAUGAGGGGAAAGGCUAUGGAUGUGUGUACCUGGAAUUUAGUAAAGCCUGUGUCAGUGUUUCCCACAGCUUUCUCCUGGAGAAACUGGCUGCUCAUGGCUUGGAUGGAUA